AUGGAGGACUUCGAGGACUUUGUGAGCAAUGAAGACGAUCAAGUUGACCUCGAAGACAUUACAGAGCCCUGGCAUAAAUAUGAUCUAAAGGAAACGUCGCACGUUUUCUAUCCCAUUUGUGUCGGGGAAGUGCUUAAUGGGAGAUACCUAGUAGAGCAUAAAAUCGGCUUUGGCGGCUUCUCCACUGUCUGGAUGGCGCAUGACCUUCAGAAAAAGAGGGAUGUGGCUCUCAAGAUACUGUGCGCUGGGAGUUUGGGAGACAAUGAGGCCCGGAUGCAGGACGAAAUCCUUCAAAAUGUGCAGGAUACCUCUCACCUUGUGACAUAUUUGGGGAGCUUUCUACUCUCCUGA